AUGCUCUCUACCUAUAUCAAUGCCAACUAUAUAACGGGCUACGAGAGGGAGCCACGUGCUUACGUCGCGACGCAGGGGCCCAUGUCGCACACGGUGGGAGACUUCUGGAGCAUGGUGUGGCACGAGAACAUGCCGAUCAUCGUCAUGAUCACCAAGCUCAAGGAGCAGAACAAGACGAAGUGCGAGUGUUAUCUUCCGCUGCUGCAUGGCAAGUACAACAGCACUGAUGUUACGGUGGAGAGCACAGUACUGAAGGAUGGAUACACCGUACGCAAGCUCACUAUACAGCACGGGCUGGAGGCGCGUGAGGUGCUGCACUACUGGUACACGGCGUGGCCCGACCACAAGACCCCCGGCACGCCGCGCCAGCUGCUCGACAUGGCGCGCUCGGUCGAGUGCAAUCGCUACAGUGCAGACGGCAAGGUGAAGGGUCCC